UGUAGGUGGCAGCAUAUCAGUAGGUGACAGCAGAGACCCUGAUGGAUGACUGAGAUAAUGUCGCAACUGGCCCCCUCUCAAUUUUGACUUUGUGGCUGUACUAACUAGUGGAAACCAGCAGAUUACCUCAAUCAGCCCGGUGUCGAGGUAACCCUACUGACGCAUAUGCUGUUUUGUACUCCAAAUCUUGAAACGGGAAAUGUUUUACUUGCACGUGACUUCUAUACAGAAACAUUUUGUCGGAUUCGGAAGCUGUCUCGGUUCACCACUCCUCAGACUCUAAAACACCACGGUGUCGCUUGGUGCGUGCUUUAUCAGAACCACGAUUUUACAGUUUGUUGACUACCUGUAUUUACAAUAAAAUUACUGGAUUUUAUUAGCUACAUCCACUGACUUUGUGAAAAAAGCGACUGUUUACAAGAUUGCAAGCCAGCGACCGACAUAGCUAUCCAGAUGCGGAGUCGAGUUAGCAACUUGAAGCGGCGAAAGGGGAUGUGCACUGUUGCCUCAAGCGGUUUCCAUCUCGAGGUGAAGAGUUCAGAUAAGAGUUCAGGGAAGAGGAGGCGUGUUAAAAAAAUGAAAAUUGAAGACUCAAAAACAGAAAUGCCCCUGAAUGACUGGAUGGUUGGUGGUUGUAGGGAGUCAACAACCAUUUCUGAGAGGCUCAGCUGUGAUGGUUGCGAGAGGCCUGAAAAGACAAGUUGUGGAGCACCACCAGACCUGGAGGAAUUGUGGGAGGGUAAAGAGAACGGUGUGCGAUUGGAGUUGAAUUACUGUCGAACAAAUGGGUUGCCAGAGAAGAUGGCAGAAGAUGGUGUUGUGAUUGACAAGAGCGUCUUCCUUGAUGAUGACAGUAACCAGGUUCUUCCUGUGGAAAAGUUCUUCGGAAACAUGGAAGUUGUGCAGGAUUGUCCACGGAGAUCUACGGCCACUUCGACCUUCAGCAGGAGGGAGCACAGGAGACGACACAGGAGACAACAGUACUAUGCCAAAGAUGACAGUGAUGAAGUGGGCUACACAGAAAUGCAUCAAGAUGAAAUAGUUGGCACUUAAUUUACAGAAGUAACUCAUUCCAAUCAAUGGGAUAGAAUAAAACUUGUCCUUAAAUGACCCUAAUGUCACAGUUGAGCCCGAUAAAGUGGAUUCGUUCAACAGAACCAGGGUAUCACGUUAAUGUUUUGCCAGCAUAUACCCUAAAGUUAUACAUUUUUGUAUUGAUAUUUGCACUAACAAAACUUCUCGCUUUUCAAUUAUCUAUACGGUAUAUUGUUUAAAUAGUACAGGUUAAGUGCUCAGAUUUUUUUCUUUUUAUUGUAUCUUUUACAAUAUUGUUACUGAAUGCCUUAUGUAUGCACAAUAUUUGUAGUCAAAGUUGCACUGCCAAUACAAGGAAACUUAAAUUAAGUUUCAAUUACCUGUCUGCUGUUUUGUAUUGUGCUAUUGAAACUAAGCAGAACUUUAUCACAUAAUUAUCUAAUUACACUUACAGGCGAUAGAGCUGAGCUCAAAUCAUCUGUAAUCAUCAAAUCUGCUUGACUCCAACAAUAGUAAAACCUUAAAUAUUUUUACGCCCCCACCCUAUGCACUUGUGGAGCGCAGAGGAUUUGACAGAUGUAAUCAAUAUGGUAAUAGCUCCACCUAGCCCUCUGAUAGGCUGGGUGGAAGUUUAACCAUUUGCUUAUACCAAUCAAAUCCUCUCAGAUCACCAGGGGUGCAUUCAGUAGUACAGAACAAUGUUAAGCAUUUCAUUUCAACGGAAGCAGUUUUGUUCUGAGUGAAUAGUUGAACGGUGUCAUUAUGGUGGCCCAGAGAGCGACUGUACGGUGUGUGCGACACAUUUUGCCAUUUGAAAUGGUUACAUCCAUAUUGAUCAGGCCACACCCACCAAAUGUACCUCAAAGGCUGUUGAAGACUGGUGUGCGAUGUAUUGGGGGAAACGUGUCGUUCAGUACAAACUGACACGCGACGUAGCAAAUGUUGAACGGAACGUACUCCUGUGUGUAGGGCUCGGGACGAUUUGCGAUUGGUCCGUUGACUAUUACCCAAACAAUAGCUCAUGAUGAAGUGCUUUAAAAUCACUAUCACAAAAUUAUCAAUAAAUAAGCUGUUCUGAUUAGUAGCAGAAAACAAUGUUCCCUGCCCAUAAUUACAAUUAGUUAUUUACCAGUUAUCAUGCGUCUUGCACUUUAUCCGUUAGCUAGUUAAUAAAGAAAUAAAAAAUUCAAGAAUAAACAGUAGAAAAACAUAUACCCUACCCUGCAUCUUCACUUUAGAGAAUCAUUUUCGUUUGCCCUGUUUGUAAAUUUUCCUUUUGUCACAGAGCAAGUCAUGUGCACCUUUCUUAUGGCAUACAAUAUGUACCAGCUUCAGAUUCUCCCGAGUAAACAGCAGUUUGUAAAAAUAGUCCAGAUUUAUGUUGGUGCUCUUGUGUUUCUGCAGUGCUUCCACCAGGGUAGGAAUGACUGUCCUCUUCUUUUCAAUCCUGGGACAGAAAGAGAUUUCAGUCUAGAUUUGAUAAAACUUGUCCUUAAACAACCUUAACAAUUGCAAUUGAUAAUCAAGCAAGCUUUUUUUGUUACUGUUUACAAACAACUUUGAGCUUAACAUUCUGAAUAUUUAUAACCUUUAUUCACUAAACCCACCCGUGGUCCAAGUUCCAGGUGCUAAAGAGAAUCCUGCUCUCUCGGUUUCCAUAGGGGUUGAUUGAGUGAAGGGACUUGCAUUCAUCAUGGUCAAAAGCACCCUGAGGAAAGGAGAGAGAUGGGAAAGGACACAGGCUGUAAGACAGGAUGCUACUAAGCCAAACAUGAUCUGGUCCUGUUAGUUACCAUUAUAAUCUCUGAGCUGACACUGUUAGCCAAUUUCGGGUUCAUCAAUGUUACCUGACAGGAGAACCAUCCCUCCUGGGUGCAUAGUCGAUUUUGUUCCUUUUCUUUCCUGUUGAAGUAGCAACCAUUGUACUUGUCAGAUUUCAGCUGCAUCACUAAGCACUCUGCAGUCUUCUUGUAUUCGUCCUUGAGUUUAGGUUUUUGGAUGGUUUGAGCAUAACUAUGCACCUGUGAAUAAGAGAAAAGUCUGUCACGUGUAUUCUUUCCUCAGAAAAUAGGGCAGAUUACAAUUUAUAGUAUGUAUGGAGUAGGCUUGUUAUGAGGUACGGCUUUUGAGGAUCACUUCUUGACAGUGCCAACCACUUUCAGCAUAAAACCAAAGCAUCAGUAAUAUACAGUGCCACCAGAAAGUAUUCACACCCUUUUUCCCACAUUGUUACAGCCGGGAAUUUAAAAUGUAUUAAAUUGAGAUUGUUGCUGUCACUGUACCUCAAUGUCAAAGUGGAACUGUUUUAACGUUUUUUUUAACAAAUUAAUUAAAAAGGAAAAGCUGAAAUGUC